AUGUUACUAUUCGAUUGGGCCAUGUUUAUGCAAGUUGUUACCAACUUGGACAAUAUAGAUGAAGCUAUUAUGGUAUUUUUUGUAUUCGGCACAGCAAUUGCUGUAUAUGAGCUGAGUACAAAAGUACGCAAAUUUUAUACAUGUCUUUCAGUUUCAGCUUUAAGUGGCCUACUUAUGACACAAUUUUUAAGUGCUACCAAAGAAUUACCGGUUCAUAUUUACAUUCCCUUUGAAUUGGAUACGAAUUGGAAAUAUAAUUCAUUGUAUGUCUUUGAAUGUAUAUUUCUGAGCGUAUUGUGUCUGGUUAAUGUGGCUUUUGACUCGUUGUCGACUUCGCUCUUUAUACACAUUAAAUGUCAAUUAGAUAUGUUGGGUCAUCGUUUGGAGAAUAUUGGUCAUAAUUCCAAAUUUUCACAGCAAUUUAUAAUGCAGCAAUUAAAAGAUUGUGCUCGUUAUUAUAAUCGUAUAAUAAUGUUAAUGAAUGAUAUUGAAGAUUUGGUCAGUAUACCGAUUUCUUUACAAAUUGGUUGUUCUGUAUUUGUUUUGAUUGCAAAUUUUUAUGCUAUGUCGUUGCUUUCAGAUCCCGAAGAACUACCAAUUUUUAUAAAAAUCGCUCUCUAUCAGUGUUGCAUGCUGACACAAAUCUUUAUGAUGUGCUAUUUUUCUAAUGAGGUUUCUCUAAAAAGUUCUGAAUUAUCUUUCAAUCUCUACAUGUCAGAUUGGUAUAAUUGGAAUAAGAUAAAUCGUAAAAUGGUCUUACUUCUAAUGAUACGUUUUGAGGAGCCAAUACGUAUUAAAAGUAUUAAUCGUUCUUAUUCAUUCAAUUUGGCGGCAUUUACUUCGAUAGUUAAUUCGUCUUAUAGCUAUUUUGCUUUACUAAAGCGUGUUAAUGGUUAA